GUGUAGAUAGAUAGUCUUCGUAGUAGAUGGUAGGUUGACUCUACUCAAAGCCCGCUAUGAUAUCAGGUAAUUGCAUCCAUGUCUCCGCUGCGAUAGGUGGCGGCAAGCCCAGUUGGAGUCACAGAGAACACGGUGUGUGGAAGAGAAGAAGGCAAGUCGAGCCUUCGCUGGGACAACAGCGCCACUUUUGAGCGCUCACACCCCCAACGACAAUAACACACCGCAGAAGUUGUCAGACAGUGGUCAAAGGAUACCUAGAGAGCAGUGCCACGACGAUAAAGUCUUCCAUCAGAUGUUGAAGAGAUGGUCCAGGACAGUGCUCAGAUGCGGCGGCGGGGUGCCCACGACUUCAUGGCAUGCUAUGACUUUGCUUGUGCCAGACAGGAAUCAGUCCCUCUCCCCGCUGUCAAAAUGAACCUUGACAAAGAGAUGCUGGAUUUUAAUGGAGACAGGGUCAAACUGACAGACUGGCCACCCAUUCUCAACUCUAUCUCCAUCAACAAACACCUGCACCACAUUGCAAUAAGUAGUACAUACCAAGCUAGCCUUGGUUCUGGAGAUGCAGAUAGAAGGUACUAUAAAUCUAGCUUAAGGAAGAAGAUCCCAGCCAUCCGCUCUAAGGACAUGACAUUUAAGUUGUGCAAGGCCCUGAGAGAGUGUCUGACAGUUUCUCCCAACCUCAAGACUCUGCAGCUUAACGGACUUCCACUGAGAGAAAGGGACCUCAUCACCUUGACAAAGGGUUUGGCAAAAAGUUUUUCCUUGGAAAACUUAUCCUUGGCGAACUGUCCAAUCACUGAUGAGGGCUUAGAGGUCAUUUGCCAAAGUGUUAAGUACUCUACAAGCAUCAGGACAGUAGAUUUUACAGGAUGCAGUCUCACGUGGAGAGGGGCAGAGCACAUGGCCAACAUCAUCAAGCAUCAGGGAAUGCAGAGGCAUGGUACUGCAUGGGCAGAGUCUCUGAGGUAUCGACAACCACAAUUUGAGGGAAUGGCAGGUCUCCGCCGCGUCACCCUGAACCGUAACACUUUGAUUGGGGACAGAGGUGCUGCUGCUCUUGCAAAUGAACUGGCAGAGGACCUUUGGGUUAAAGCUGUGGACCUGCAGAAGUGUGGUCUUUCCAAUGAAGGGUCUCGUCGUUUGCUGGAAGCCUUGAAAACAAAUUCUACUCUCUGUGUACUGGAUAUCCGUAGUAACCCAUUAGUUGACAAGGUCCUAAUUAAAACAAUAUUAGAGAAAGUACUGAUGAAUGCUGAUGGACAGUCACCAGAGUACUGCUGGAUCAAGCCUGAUGCCGCAGAGCCACAGAAAGCUUCUGGUCCUAAGAGGCAAACACUUCUCAGUACAGUCAAAGGAAAAGCUUUAAGGAUAGCCCCUCGAAAAGGAACCUCUUCUGCAGGGCGGAGCUCAGGUGUUGCUCAGCAUCAGAAGCCCUAUUCCCGUAGCAGAUAUGUGCCAUGGCGUGCUGCUGCGCGUGCUGGACGUCAGAGAGGUCUGCCUCCCGGAGUUACCGUGAUAGACCAAAGCUUUCAGGGUGCAGCUACUGUGAAGAUUACUGUGGAGUCAGAUUCAGAGGGAGAGGAGGAGGAGGAGGAAGAAGAAGGAGAAGUGGUGGUAGAAGUGGAGCAGCAACCAUCUUCUCUCGAUCACCAGGACAGGAUCACUGGACGGCAGUUUGAACGUAUGCAGAUGGAGCUAAAGGAGUGUCGCCUGAGGCUGGCAGAGGAGCGCAGAGCCAGACUGAAAGCGGAGUCUCGACUCAUAGAGUAUGAGUUGGAAAAUGCCCGUCUUCGUGACAACAACCUCUCCCUGUCAGAGGCGCUUGCAGCCACUGGCUCUGCAUCAGCACCACCUGCUCUCAGUGCUCUUGAAGAUGAGGCAGUUCUGGAGAGCAUUGAAAGCUCAUUCACCAAGUUCCAUGCUUUUCUGGAUCUGCUCAAGGAUGCUGGCCUAGGUCAGCUAGCUUCAAUGGCUGGAAUUGACAAGUCAGAUUUCCACUCUCUGGGAAGACCACAGCUCUCGUCUACAAUAGGACCAUAUCCGGAUGAUGCAGCAUCCCUGGAUAGAAGUGGAGGAGAUUAUCGGGGUGUUCAGGGAAAGACUGAUGCUUCGUCUUUGGUAACUUGUGUCCUGCCUGCUCGCCCAGGUGGCCUUGCUGACACCACCACUCUUAGAUCUCCAUCCUCUGUCAGGGAGUCUGUGCAUGAAGAUAGGCUGCUAGAUGUGACCUUCAAUCCAGCCACUGGACCUGCAGUAGACCCUGGAGUCGGGGCAGAGCAGGAACCAGGUCAUUUUUCAAUACCUGAUACCGAGCGUGACUCGGGCUCUGAGCACAGUUUUCGUAGCCAAAAAUCCUUUGACAGGGUUUCCCUGGGUAAGACUUUUCAGACUCAACCAAGCCACCUCAAAAGCAACAACAACUCUUACCGCAGCAAUUCCCGUCAUAGCAACGGUUCCCAUGGAUAUAGCUUCAACAACAGCUAUGCUCACAGUGAUGCUUCACACAGUAACGGGUCUCAUGGUGGAUUGUCCGUAAGGUCAAGUGUGAGUGACAUUAUAAGUGACAAGGCAGAGUCUGUGGCAUCAGCGGGAUCAAUGAACAGGGGAUUGGGGAGGCUUGUGACCGUGGGUCAGUCGGGUUCAGAAGGGUCACAGGGGAAAGCCUAUCCUGGGAGGCAGACUCUGAAGCAGAUCAGAUCUCUGGGCAGUCUGGGAGGACAGUCAGAUAAUGAAUCCUUCUGACCAGCUGACCAGAGACAUAUGAGAAGUCUCUCGGUGUCUGUUUGCAUUGCCUUUCCCUUAACGUAAUUUCAGUUAGUUUGUUGUUCCGUUUACGGAAUGACAUGAGCCAUAAAUGGAUGCAUUAUUUUGUACCUCUUUUUAAAAGGAUAGAUUUAUUUUAAAAUCUUUGGAAGAUAUAAAACCAGAACCCUCAUGUCUUCAAUCUUAGUUUUUUUAAUUUUAGGGAAAAGCAUGAGAAGUGUAUUAAAAGGCUUGUAACAUUUAAGCCAAAGCAGAGGUGCUGUAAAGUUGAAGGUCCUAUGAAAUUUAAAUUUCAGUUUCCACUUUCAGACAUAUAUGCCAAAAAGAAUGCAAUGCAAUACAAUACUGUAUAUAUUUUUUGUAUUUAAAGGUACCAAUUUCUUGUUAAAAAAAAAAGAAAGAAAAGGGAGUUUUUACUGAUAAGAUUUGCACUUGGAGGGUUGAGUAAGAGUUUUAUUGGGUAAAGUGUGAUAGUAGAUAUUUGAGUGGCCAAGCCGACCCAGCCUAAAUCAAGUUUCAGUCCAAAUCCUCAAAUCAAGGUUGUCCAGAUGUAAUCCUGUUUCAAGUGGCAGUGCAUCAAACCUCUGAAGAAAAAUACAAUCUCAGAGCCAUUUAAUGGGACCUUUCAUUGCUUGUUUCAUAUGUAAUGUUACUCUAUUUAUGUUUUUUAUACAACAUUUUCACUUGUAAAAGUAAAUGCUAAUGUAGAGUGUUUGUUAGAUAUUUCAUCUGACUUUUUUUUUUUUUUUUACAAGAUCUUAAAUGCUGUUGAAUUUGACAAUUUUUGUUUUUAGAACAGCCUGGAUUGCUCUAAAUUGGAUACUUUCUAAUAAACUGAAUAAUAGUUUCA